UCUCAAGUCAUAAAUGACCUGCCUGGAAGAUGAAACAAAUGUCCUUUUCCCAUUUCUGGCCUGGAGCAUCUAAGCAGGAGGUGGAAAAGGAGGAUGUUACAGGGAAGGAUGAAGAUUUUUAGACUUCUCAGCCUAGAAACAUGAGAAACAGCUCUGAGGGUAUUGAGAUGCUCAUCUCGUGGCUGGGAGAGGCAGAACACUCCCCCCAAACUGCAUAAACCCUGCCCAGACCGAGGAGGCAGCUUCACCGUGCAGUUUAAGAAAAUGAGCGACUUGGACAUGGUUGCCAACCUCAGGCACAGCAAUAGCGGCCUCUCGAAGGGCAGGAGGAAAUCUCCCAGUCCCAUGGGCACCAAUGAAAAGGGGAAUCUUGGCAUGUGGAUCCCUGAAAACAUCCGGAAGAAGGAGUGCAUAUACUUCAUUGAAAGCUCCCAAGCGUCGGAUUCUGGGAAGGUGGUGUGUGAAUGUGGCUACCCUAGGGAACAGCACCUGGAAGAUGCGAUAAAGGCAUCCAUUUUACUGGGAAAAGAAUGGGACCCCCGGAAUCAUGUCCAGGAAAUGCCAACAGAUGCAUUUGGUGAGAUCAGCUUCACAGGCCUGGGACAGAAGGUGGGGAAGUAUGUGCGUGUCUCCUCCGACACCCCGCCGCGCAUCAUCUACCACCUGAUGACCCAGCACUGGGGCCUGGACCCUCCCAACCUGUUAAUCUCUGUGACGGGCGGAGCUAAAAACUUCAACAUGAAGCAGAGACUGAAGAACAUCUUCCGGAGGGGCCUUGUCAAAGUGGCCCAGACAACAGGUGCCUGGAUCAUAACGGGUGGGUCGCACACUGGUGUCAUGAAGCUGGUGGGGGAGGCUGUACGAGACUUCAGCAUGAACAGCAGCUACAAAGAAGGCGAGAUCAUCACCAUUGGCAUAGCCACCUGGGGGACUGUAUACAACCGUGAGAGCCUCAUCUGCCCACUGGGUGGCUUCCCAGCUGAGUACAUGCUGGAUGAGGAGAGCCAAGGGAGCCUGUCCUGCCUGGAUAGCAAUCACUCCCACUUCAUCUUAGUGGAUGAUGGGACCCAUGGCAGAUACGGCAUGGAGAUCCCCUUGAGGACCAGGCUGGAGAAGUUCAUUUCUGAGCAAACCAAGGUGAAAGGAGGAGUGGCCAUCAGGAUCCCAAUUGUUUGCGUCGUGCUGGAGGGUGGACCCGGGACUCUUGAUACUAUCUAUAAUGCAAUCACCCAUGGCACCCCGUGUGUGAUAGUGGAGGGGUCUGGCCGUGUAGCUGACGUCAUUGCUCAGGUGGCCCACCUGCCUGUCCCAGAGAUCACCAUCUCCUUGAUCCAGAAGAAAGUGAGCAUCCUUUUCCGGGACACCUAUGAGUUCUUCACUGAGGGCAAGCUUGUGGAGUGGACCAAAAAGAUCCAAGACAUAGUGCGGAGCAGGCAACUCCUGACUGUUUUCAGGGAGGGCAAGGAUGGCCAGCAGGAUGUGGAUGUGGCCAUUCUCCAGGCACUGCUCAAAGCAUCCCGAAACCACGACCACUUUGGCCACGAGAGCUGGGACCACCAGCUGAAGCUAGCCGUGGCGUGGAACAGAGUGGAUAUUGCCAGGAGUGAGAUCUUCACAGAUGACCAUGAAUGGAAGCCUGCAGAUCUGCACCCAGUGAUGGCUGCAGCCCUGAUUUCCAACAAGCCUGAGUUCGUGAAGCUGUUCCUGGAGCAGGGCGUGCGCCUGAAGGAGUUUGUCACCUGGGACACCCUGCUUUACCUCUAUGAGAAUCUGGUGCCAUCCAGCGUCUUCCACAUCAAGCUGCAGAAGGUGCUGGCGGAGGAGAAGGAGCACCUGGCCUGCCCCAGGGCACCACGAGUUCAGCUGCACCACGUCUCCCAGGUGCUGCGGGAGCUAUUGGGCGACUCUACACAGAUGCUGUAUCCGAAGUCCAAGCAGCCAGAGCGACACCGACUCUCCAUCCCAGUCCCACACAUCAAGCUCAAUGUUCAGGGAGUGAGCCUCAGAUCCCUGUACAAGCGCUCAGCUGGUCCAGCCAUCUACACCAUGGACCCUGUGCGGGACCUUCUCAUCUGGGCUGUUGUCCAAAAUCGCAGGGAGCUGGCAGAAAUCAUUUGGACCCAGAGCCAGGACUGCAUUGCAGCAGCGUUGGCCUCCAGCAAGAUCCUCAAGGAGCUCUCCAGGGAGGAGGAGGACACAGACAGCAAAGAGGAGAUGCUGGCCCUGGCAGAGUGGUUCGAGCUCGGAGCCAUCGGGGUGUUCACGGAGUGCUACCGCAAGGACGAAGAGAAAGCCCAGAAGCUCCUUAUCCGUGUCUCUGAAGCCUGGGGAAAAACGACCUGCCUGCAGCUGUCUCUGGAGGCCAAAAACAUGAAUUUUGUGUCCCACGGGGGCAUCCAGACCUUUCUGACCAAAGUCUGGUGGGGGAAGCUGUGUGUGGACAACGGGCUCUGGAGGGUCAUCUUAUGCAUGCUGUUCUUCCCGCUUCUCUACACCGGCCUCGUCGGCUUCAGGGAGAAGAGGCUGCAGCCGAUGAACUGCCUGACGCGCUUCCGAGCCUUCUUCACAGCCCCCGUCGUCAUCUUCCACCUGAACAUCCUCUCGUAUUUCAGCUUCCUCUUGCUCUAUGCCUACGUCCUGAUGAUUGAUUUCCAGGAGACGCCAUCCUGGCGAGAGCGUAUCAUCUAUUUUUGGCUCUUCUCCCUGGUGUGUGAGGAGACCCGCCAGCUUUUCUAUGACCCGGAUGGGUGUGGGUUACUGAAAAUGGCUUCCUUGUACAUCAGUGAUUUCUGGAAUAAGCUGGAUGUCUGUGCCAUCCUGAUCUUUAUGGCAGGACUGACAUGUAGGUUAAUCCCAUCUACUUUAUAUCCAGGACGGAUCAUAUUGUCCCUGGCUUUUAUCAUUUUCUGCCUGCGUCUGAUGCACAUCUUCACAGUCAGUAAAACACUGGGGCCCAAAAUUAUCAUUGUGAAGAGAAUGAUGAAGGAUGUCUUCUUCUUCCUCUUUCUUUUGGCUGUUUGGGUUGUGUCUUUUGGCGUGGCCAAGCAGGCCAUUCUUAUCCACAAUGAGGAGCGGGUGGACUGGAUCUUCCGGGGUGUCGUCUACCAUUCCUACCUGACGAUUUUUGGGCAGAUCCCUUCCUACAUUGAUGGGGUGAACUUCAACAUCAAUCAGUGCAGCCCAAAUGGAACUGACCCCUACAAACCAAAGUGCCCAGAGAGCAGUGAAGAGAACAUGGAGCCCAUCUUCCCGCAGUGGCUGACAGUCCUCCUACUGUGCAUGUACCUGCUGUCUACCAACAUCCUUCUCCUCAACCUCCUCAUCGCCAUGUUUAACUACACAUUUCAGCAGGUGCAGGCACACACUGACCAGAUCUGGAAGUUCCAGCGCCACGACCUCAUUGAGGAGUAUCAUGGCCGGCCUCCGGCCCCGCCACCCUUCAUCCUCCUCAACCACCUGCAGCUCUUCAUCAGGAGGGUCGUUCUGCGAAAGCCAGCCACCCGGCCCAAGCAGCUCAAAGAAAAGCUGGAGAAAAAUGAGGAAGCAGCUCUCCUAUCCUGGGAGAUGUACCUGAAGGAGAACUACCUGCAGAGUCAGCAAUGUCGAGAGAAGCAAAACACAGAGCAGAGGGUCCAAGACAUUGCACUCAGAGUUGACACACUGGCAGAGCUGCUGGAACUGGACCGGGUGAAGAGGACGAGCAUGGUAGAGCAGAGGCUACUGUGUCUGGAAGAGCAGAUGCUCCAGAGCGCCAAGGCCCUGAACUGGAUUGUCCAAGCCCUGUACAGGAAUGGAUAUGGGCUGGAGGAGGAUGCUCCCCCCAUGAUCCCCAGCAAAAUGCCUGAGGUGAAGGACUAUGACUCGGAAGAGAAACCUCAGGAGAUGAAGUCCAUGUAUCACGUGAAUGCCCGCAACUUCCUAUAUCCUAGCUCCUACACCAUCCGCUUCCCGGUGCCGGACGAGAAGGUGCCCUGGGAGGUGGAGUUCCAGAUCUAUCAGCCACCCUUCUUCACUGCAGACAGGAAGGACAAGGCUGCCUGUGACCCUCUGGGACACUCUGUGGAGUCUCUGCUGAAGAUCAGCUUCAACACGAUGGAUGGACUGGUCAACCGGCAGAGCUUCCAUGGCACCUACGACAUCCAGGAGGGGCUGCCGCUGAAUCCCAUGGGAAGGACGGGCCUACGAGGCCGAGGGAGCCUGCGCUACUUUGGGCCCAAUCAUGCAAUGCACCCUGUUGUGACUCGCUGGAGAAGGAACACAGAUGGGCUGAUUUACAGGAAGAAUUUGAAGAAAAUGUUGGAAGUCCUUGUUGUCCUGUUUCCCUUGUCAGACCACUGGGCUCUGCCUGGGGGGUCACUGGAGCCAGGCGAGUCACUGCCGCUGAAGCUGAAGCACGUGCUAAGACGGGAGUUUUGGACCCAGUUCCAGAACCUGCUUAACCAGGGCACCGAGAUAUACAAGGGCUACGUUGAUGACCCUAGGAACACGGACAAUGCCUGGAUUGAGACCAUCGCUGUCAAUGUGCACUUUGAAGAUAAGAACGACAUAGAGAUGAAGCGGAUGAACUCGUUUCUCCAGGGGCUGGACCCAGAGGUCUGCAUCCGCUGGCAAGUGGUGGAUAAGAGGAUCCCCCUGUACACGAACCACAAGGAACUCCUGCAGAAGGCAUCUGCCCUCCUGGGUGCCUAUUACUGACUUAAUCACCACUGCCAUCAGGGAUGUUUUUUUCUGGAUCCAGGAGAUGAGCUACUUUUGUCUCAGUCUCCAGGCUGGGCCUUCCAGCUUGUCACUUGGCCUGACCCACGGGGCCCAGUGAGACGGUGGGUCCCGUGUGAUUCUAUGCGACUCUUGCUUAGGUACCUGGAACACUUUGGCAAGAGGGACUGUCCUCCAGGCCAAACUGCCUCACACCGCUCUGCUGAGGCACAACAAACCUGGCCAGUAACUUCCCCUGCUCUCCCAGGCUUGGUGCUUUCCUGAGUAGAAACAUAUGCUUUGGCUGAGUGGCUUUGUUUUGUGCUCCCAAAUGGGAGACUUCACUCAUUUGCCUUUUGAGGGGUGGGCCAGGUUCUCAAGAUAACAAGCCAAUGUCUUGACUCACAGUGGGCACGUCUACAUGUGCAGUUCAUGCAGCUGAAUAAACUCCAGUGCAAUUUGAGCUGGAUUAAAGUAAUCUGGAUGUCACCAGCUACAUGUGUUUAAGCACAGUAAUUUAUUCCGCCAUCAUACCUGUGUCUGAUGGGACUAUCUGACGGCACAGUAAAUUAGUCUA